AUGUUCAUCAAGGGUAAUCUGCUCCCCUCUGCUUUACUUUGGAUUACCUCUCGACCAGCCGCAGCCAAUCAAAUCCCGCCUGAUUUGUGUGACCGGGUCACAGAGGUACAAGGAUUCAAUGACCCACAGAAGGAGGAGUACUUCAGGAAGAGGAUCAGUGAUCAGAAUCUUUGCCAGCAGAGUCGUCUCUCACAUCAAAUUAUCAAGGAGCCUCCACAUUAUGUGCCACAUACCAGUGUUCUGCUGGAUUGCUGCUACUGUUCUUGGGGUAAUUCUUGGCUCUUCAGGAGGUGGACAGAUUCCAAAGACUUUGACAGAGAUGUAUACCUAUUUCCUUAUUUUUUCAAACCAAACAGAGCAAACCUAAAGUUUGAAAAUGUGCAGAACCUUGAUCCACAGUGGAACCAGGAAGUUAUCCUUGGUCUUGGAAAGUUGGCAUAUGAACAGUUAGAGAAGGGUAAUCUGAUUUUCUAUGAAGAAGACCUAAAAGAGUCUGGAAUUGAUGUCAGAGAGGCAGCAGUGUGCUCUGGCAUCUGCUCCCAGAUCUUUCGAGAAGAAUCAGGGCUUUAUAAAGAUAAGGUGUUCUGCUUCGUGCAUUUAAGUGUCCAGGAGUAUCUUGCAGCCUUGUAUGUGUUUUUGAUCAUGGCAGUUAAAGGGAAAGACAUAAUAUCCACACACCAAACUCCUGGAACAUUGAUUCAGCACAAAUGGACAAGGAGUGUAAUAAGGACAUCCAAACACCAAGGUCAUGAAAUGGCAGGGAGUUUGUCUCCUUCAAUGAAGAAAUCCAUGAUCAUCUUACAGAAGAGUGCUGUGGACAAAGCUUUGAAGCAUGAAGAUGGACGCUUUGACCUAUUCCUCCGUUUCCUUCUUGGCCUCUCUCUGGAGUCUAACCAGACUCUCUUGCAUGGCCUACUACAGAGAGGACAAAAUCAGAUGGGCAAUGAAGAAACAAUCAGUUACAUUAAGGAAAAGAUCAGGGAGGUUCCUUCAUCAGAAAGGGUCAUCAACCUCUUCCACUGUCUGCAUGAACUCAAUGAUCACUCCUUAGUGGAAGAGGUCCAAAGGCUGCUGAGUGCUGGGACACUUUCUGGAGCUGAACUUUCACCUGCCCAGUGGUCAGCUCUAGUGUUUGUGCUGCUGACAUCAGAACAGAAGCUGGAUGAGUUUGACUUGAAGAAGUACAUCAGAUCUGAUGAAGGUCUCCUAAGGCUGCAGCCAGUAGUGGAGGAAUCUCAGAAGGCUCAGCUCAAUAGCUGUGGGCUCACUGAAAGGAGCUGUACAGCACUGGCCUGUAUCCUCAGCAAACCAUCUUCAAAACUGAAAAAUGUGGAUCUCAGUGACAACAGUAUUGGAGAUAUUGGGGUCCAAGAACUCUCUAGCGGACUGGAGAACCCAAACUGUGCACUGGAGACACUCAGACUCUCAGACUGCAGUAUCACAGAGGAGGGCUAUGCUAGAUAA